UCUUUCUCGUCCGGCAGCCCAAGAUGGCGCAGGCUAAGGUUAAGAAGCUGCCCCAAAAACUCAUCCAGGGGGGUCUCCCUGGCUUCUACAAGAACAUCGGCGGAGGAUUCAAAGCUUCAAAUCAGGUUCUGGUCAUCGAUGGCAGAGGACAUCUCCUUGGUCGUCUCGCUGCUAUUGUUGCAAAGCAAGUGUUGCUUGGGCGCAAAGUGGUGGUUGUGAGAUGUGAAGGCAUCAACAUUUCUGGCAACUUCUACCGCAACAAACUUAAGUACCUUGCUUUCCUGCGCAAACGCAUGAACACAAACCCUUCCCGUGGACCAUACCACUUCAGAGCACCCAGCCGCAUCUUCUGGAGGACUGUAAGGGGAAUGCUUCCACACAAGACAAAGAGAGGACAGGCUGCUUUGGAAAGGCUGAAGGUCUUUGAUGGUAUCCCACCUCCCUAUGACAAGAGGAAGCGUAUGGUUGUCCCUGCUGCCCUGAAGAUCGUGCGCUUGAAGCCAACAAGAAAGUUUGCUUACCUUGGUCGCCUUGCCCAUGAAGUUGGCUGGAAGUACCAGGCUGUGACUGCCACUCUUGAAGAGAAAAGGAAGGCAAAGGCCAAUCUGUACUAUAAGAAAAAGAAGCUGGUCAUGAAACUGAAGAAGCAGGCAGAGAAGAACGUCGAAAGCAAAAUUCAAAAGUACACCGAUGUUCUGAAGCAGUAUGGUAUCCUCGUCUAAAUGUCCACACAGAUUUUGGAAAUAAAUAUUUGAACUUUG